AUGGGGCGGCUAAACGGCAGCGGGCAUCUGAAAGACGACGGAACAGUCCGAUUCGAAAACUGUGAGUAUGUUUGGAAGGAUGGCAGUGGCACCACAGCCAUGAUAAGCCUGAGUGAUGCAGCGAGCUCACACGGCGAAUUGCGAAGCAGGUUUUACGACAGCGCCUCCGUCUAUGUCAUGCUCUUCUGCUUGGCAUCAAGGAUGUCCUUCGAAAGCGUCGAGGAGAAGUGGCGUCACGAAGUCGGCGAGGCUCCCAUCCUACUGGUCGGGACCAAGCUGGACUUGUGUGCUGAGCUGAAGCCAUCGGAGUGCAUCUCCUACCAAGAGGGCCAGGCCUUGGCCAGACAAAUCGGUGCUCUCGACUACUUGGAGUGUUCCGCACUCUCUGGCGAAGGAGUGGAUGAUGUUAUCGACGCGGCGAUGUGGACCUACCUGAUGCAUGCACAGACCGAAAGGGGCCAAGCACUGUUGGCACCUCUCAUUCAAGGCAAGGAUCAGGGAUGUCGCUUGAUGUGA